UGUAUUCACUUGAUAUCAACCGCAAUUAUUUAGACCGACAUUGUCAAAGUUAUUUUUAUGAUAUUUUCGUUGAGGUUUUUACCAUGAUGACUUUUUGAUGGAUGUUGACUCAAAAUUCCCUCACUGAUGGCAUUGUGUUGUUGAUGAAAAAAAAAAUAUCACUGCAGACACUACCAAUAAAGAAAUAACCACGAUAGUCAUUGAUUUAAAAAUUUAAUUCUUCCGUCAAAAAAAUAGUCUCCUCAACACUGGAAGAGACAACCCUAAGUAACAUCAACAAUUAAAUAGCUUUGGCAAUGUCAGAUAAAAAAAUAUACGAUUGACUUUAGUACGAAAGAAAUAGUUGUAGACAUUUAUAAAAGAAAUGUUGAGGUCAUGACAUGCAAGUCUCGAUCAAACCACCAAUUCUCAAUCUUAUUCAAAAAGAGUAAUUAAUCAAAAAGGGCUACAUUUAGUAGAAAAAAAGGUGCAAAUAAAGGUUGAGCCCAAGCAAACAUAAAAUUUGUUUAUAGGAUACCCCUUAUCACAAAAUCACAGAGCCCAAACAAGGUCACUGGAGUAAGUAUUGUGAUCUCUCAUCACAACGCUAUCUUGUGUUAUUUUGUCAGAAAGAUCAUCUGAUUCAACAAUCCAUUCAAUUUUUUGCCUUCACUCCGCAAGACUGCAAAAUUUGAUCACUCAAAGGUACAGACCAGCAUACAUGUUCACCAAUGACCGGAGGCAACAAGAACGGACAGGGAGAUAUGGAACUUCCAGAGUGGAAUUCCUUCAGGAAUUGGUGACUCAGUUUCAGAACACAUCUACAGAUGAAACAAGAGAGAAGAUUUUGGCAAAUUUGGCCAACUUUGCCUAUGAUCCUUACAACUACAACUUCUUGCGUCAGCUUAACGUUUUGGAACUUUUCAUUGACUGCUUAACGGAACCCAAUGAAAAGCUUGUAGAAUUUGGUAUAGGAGGGAUCUGCAAUUCGUGUGUUGAUCCUGCCAAUUCCGCAAUUGUAACUGAGUUUAGUGGGAUACCCCCAAUAAUUCAAUGUUUAUCAAGCCCAGUUAGGAACACUGUAAAUUAUGCACUUGGGGCACUUUAUUAUAUCUGUAACGAUUUUAACAAGAAGGAGAUUUUAAAGCCCGAAGUUAUUGACAUCAUUAAAAGGUAUGCAGCCGCCGAAGAUAUUAGUGUGAGUUUCAGUAAUCUGGCUAAAGCUUUUCUGAAUAAACAUCUAUCAGGGAACGACUGAGAGACAGAAUUUAAACUUUUUUGCUCACAAUUUACAGUACCUUCUACUAUUAAGUAUGUACUGUUAUUCAAACUGUGAGUCUUGUAUUACACAGAUGAAAACAGUUGCUUUUAGGGCAUCCUCCGAGUAUGUGUGCAAACAAACACAUCUAUUCCCGUGGUCUGGGUUGAAUUUGAGUAUCAGUAUCAUUGUAUAUUCAAAUGGUGGUGCAGAAUUUAAGAAAUGGACAUGAUUUCAGAAUAGGAAUUUUCAGUAAAAACCUAUAGACACAAUUAUUCCCUU